AAUGUUAUAGACUCGAGGCACGUUGCUGUGUUGCGCUUGCGUACGUGGGAUGAACAGCAACAGUCAGUGGAAAAACAACAACAAUAACGGGAAUAAGGGAGGAACGCAUGGAUCAGUGAAGAAUUCAGAUUAACUAAGACAGUAUCACUCAGUUGUCUUUACGGCUAUUUCUACUUCAGCUGUUACUUGUAAAUGGUGCUGAGCCCAUGAACCUGGCGAGUCAGAGCGGGGAGGCCGGCUGCAGCCAGCUUCUCUUCGCCAACUUUAACCAGGACAACACGUCCUUGGCUGUUGGUACAAAAUCUGGCUACAAGUUUUUUUCAUUGUCCUCAGUAGACAAAUUGGAACAGAUUUAUGAAUGUACUGACACAGAAGAUGUGUGCAUUGUGGAAAGGCUGUUUUCCAGCAGCCUUGUUGCUAUUGUUAGCCUUAAAGCACCCAGAAAGUUGAAAGUGUGCCACUUCAAGAAAGGGACUGAGAUUUGUAACUACAGCUACUCUAACACUAUAUUGGCAGUGAAACUAAAUAGACAGAGAUUGAUAGUAUGCCUGGAAGAAUCACUUUAUAUCCACAAUAUCAGGGAUAUGAAAGUACUGCAUACUAUUCGAGAAACUCCCCCAAAUCCAUCAGGGUUGUGUGCACUUUCCAUCAGUAAUGAUAACUGCUAUUUGGCCUAUCCUGGAAGUGCAACAAUAGGAGAGGUUCAAGUCUUUGACACAAUCAACCUGAGGGCAGCUAACAUGAUCCCCGCUCAUGAUAGUCCACUUGCUGCUUUGGCCUUCGAUGCCAGUGGCACAAAGCUUGCCACUGCCUCAGAGAAGGGAACUGUCAUUCGGGUGUUUUCCAUUCCAGAAGGGCAGAAGCUCUUUGAGUUUCGAAGAGGAGUGAAGAGAUGUGUGAGCAUCUGCUCAUUGGCCUUCAGCAUGGAGGGACUCUAUCUGUCUGCCUCCAGCAACACUGAGACGGUUCACAUCUUCAAGCUGGAGACUCAGAGAGAGAAACCACAGGAAGAGCCUACUACUUGGACGGGGUACUUUGGUAAGGUACUUAUGGCAUCCACCACAUACCUGCCAGCUCAGGUGACGGAGAUGUUCACCCAAGGCCGAGCAUUUGCUACUGUUAGACUGCCAUUUUCCGGACACAAGAACAUUUGCGCCCUUGCCACAAUCCAAAAGAUUCCACGUCUUCUGGUGGCAGCGGCAGAUGGGUACCUAUACUUGUACAACCUGGAUCCACAGGAGGGUGGAGAAUGCACACUAAUGAAGCAGCACAAAUUGGAUGGCAGCGCUGAACCAGCCAAUGAAAUCCUAGAACAGACAGCACAUGACCGUCCACUCGUGCCACAGACCUACAGUGCUGCUGUAGCCAAAGGUUACUCUGAGGACCAGGGGGCAGUAGGCGGAGCCGGAGUGGAGGACGACAUGAACACCCUGCAUCUGGACGAGGAGAACGAGCAGCCUCCCUUGAUCCUGGAAACAGACUGAACAAAAAACGAAUGAAAUGGAGGAGGGUGAGAGCGAGAAAGCGGAGAAAGAGAGGGCCACACCAACUGAGAGAUAUUUGGGGAGGGGGGGUUUCGGGAGGGGGUAAGUGGGAGGUCUCCUCCUUGGGUGCUGCUAAGGCGUAUGUGACAUGGUGGAUGGAAGUCGGAGGGAUUAAACAGAAAGGGCAUUUUUAAAAAGCAGGCCUAGCUGUAGCCUCAUUCUGUCUAUUGUUACAUAUAGAUGUGUUUUCUUCUCCCUUGUGGCUUUUUGAAAACAAACAUGCAAAAAAAAAAAACGAUCAUCUGGUGGAAUUUCAAAGGCCAGAUCUAUACAUUUAAUCAUCGAUCGAAAUGAGCAAAAACAAAAAAAGAAAUGACAAGCUGCAGGUGUUGCUCCCUUAGCUUUGCAUGUACAUGUGCCAAGUGUAGGAUGUUUUAGAAAACAAACAAAAACUUUGCUCUCAUGUCGAUGGUUCUGAUCUGUAUGGUGGACUCUUGUCUCUCAAGCCUUGUCAGAAAUUAAAUGUGAUUUUCUCCUUUUUUAAAAGAAAGAAAGACAACAAUAGAAAUGAUCAAACUGAAAACGGUGAGUUUGACUUCUCUACCUGUCCACAUCGGAAUGUGUACAGUGUCCCUGUUGUUUCAGAGAGGAAUUUCUUGUGUGUGUGACUGAAUACAUCUGUGCUAUAUCUUCUGCACAGAGCUUGUAAAUAUUAUUGUCUACCUGAGCAAGGCACAAUUGUGACGCGCCGCUACAGAACACUGACUUAGCCUGACUACAGCCUGACUUGGCAUGACCAGCGCUGAACCCAAUGGCCUGAUGUAAACAGUAUUUUUGGAUAACUGUUUUUCCUCUCUCCUUUCUGUGAAGUCAGCAACUACUGAUCUUAAUCCAAAUGACAAAUUACUUAACGCUCAAAGCAAAAUGACAGAAAAGAAGUGCUCAGUCUGAUUUUCUUUUUGUUUGUUCUUUUUUUGUACUGUUGAUGAAGCUCAUUUCUCCAUUCAAACAUUAUUGAAGUGCGACACGUCGGUGUGAUAAUUCCCUUGUUUUAGUCCUAAUGUCCCCCACACUGUGCCCAGACCGUUUUCAUUGUUAUGGUUUUAUUGCUUGAGUUUUUACGAGGACCUGAUGGGAACUUGAAUAUGGUUGAUUUUUCAUUAAUUUUUAAGGAGGAGCUGGUACUCCAGCAGAUGUGAUGGAAUGUCAGCCAUUAGUCACUAUUUUGUUUUCCCAGUGGGAAUUUUUAGUUUCCUCACCCCCCUGAAUAAAUUACUUCAAACAUCCCACAUCCUAGUGAUGGCAUUUAAUGAAAACAAUAGUCAGUGGUCAACAAGGACAGGCCUGGCUUUGAAUCUUACCCAGCAGUCAUAGAUCUCCCUGGAAGUCACCAUGCUUUAAAUUGAUCGUUAAAAGGCUCCGGGAACAUGGGAGACGAGAGAGUAGCUGGAGCAGAAGAAAAGGCCGGCCUUCAGUGCCUGUGUCCAUCUCUCCUGCCUCUCCCAGACCCGCAGGGCUGAUGUUGGUAACCGGCCGAACACUAGCACAGGCUCCAGGCAGGUUCCCAUGGACAUCACUGCACGCUCUCAGUUAAUAAAUAAACAUGGGCUUGGGUCACGUAGGCAGUGUUGGAGCCAGAACCACAACGGGUCAAAUGAGAGCCUUUGGGUCUCCUGGGCAGUGGGAGUCUCUCUUUAAAGGGCAAAGUCCCCAGGAGCCCUACCUCCAAAUACAGAAGUAAUCAAACUGUUUGGAUGGGGUCUAAUUUUAGACAGAACAGGAAAUUGUGUUUGGGGUGUGUAUCAUACAGUUACACACAUUUUCCAUCAAGAUGGCCAAGAAAGAAGUGGAGCACCUUCAAAACACCCUAGAUUUUGAGAUGUUAUUGAUAUGCAUGAGAAAUCCUUAAGCUUGUCUUGGUCUUAUGUUGCCAGACCACAUAGCAACAUGAUUAAUGUAAUGACUUAUCGCCACAACCAAUGGACUCUAUUGCUCAAAGGCCCUAUCAUUUCUUUUCUAAUGAUUUUUGUAUAAAAUGUGAAUUGUUCCAUAUAAAGGUCAAAUAAAUAAUCAAUUGAAAGUCCAA